AUGGUGGGAGAGCAACACCUUCCGUUCGUCCUCUACUCGGUAUGCACUGCUGUGCUUCUUGCGCAAGGAAGUCAAGGUACCAUGAAGUAUUUGCUUAUUGAAAUAUUUUAAGAAUAUGCUUUUAAAGCUGAUAUUUGAUGGUCAUUUUCUACGCUAUAAUUCAUGAAAGAUUUAUUUCAAGAAAGAACGCGGGAAUCGGGGGUGGGGCGCGCAAGGAAAGCGCAAGCUACUGAACUAUCUUCAAGGCCAUUGCGUAGAAGGCGUUUUGAAAUUAUCAAAAAAAAAAUAUUGCAGCCACCGUAAAUAGCCCAGAGGCAACGGGAGCUUACUUUUACUAAAACACUUUUCUUCUCUUAUAGCAAUCAGUUUCAAAGCUGGAAAAACCAACAUCACUGUCAAAAGUCCAGGGUUGUUCGCUUGUGAGACAAUCACAUUUGCUGAAUCGUUCUCUGGUGGAAAGCAAGUAAAACUCUUUGCUUCCUUUGGUCACUCCCUUAACAACCAGGCCCGUGGCAAUGGUGCUGCUAUUUGGGUGGAAUCGGCAGAUAGAACUCAAUUCCGCGCUUGUAUCUACGAGUACAGCAACGGCUCAAAUUCAACUGCUCAGAUAAACUGGAUUGCCCUACAAUCUGCUCCCAAAGGAGCACAACUAGGAACCACUUCCCUGGACUCUUGGACUACCGGAACAGAAUGUAAAAAGAUCGACUUUCCUCAGGUACGUUCCAUUUUGCUAUGAUUACCUACAAGCUAGGUGCCCAUGGGGGAUUAACCUAAAAAAGGUAGAAACUGGUGAGUUAUGUAAGGUAUAGUUAAAGGAUGUAACUCACGACCGCAAAUGCGAUUCCUCAUAAGGAACUAAACCAGCUAUUCAAUCAAUAAAUUUAGACAGAAAAUUGACGUCACUUAAGUUUCAAGUUCAAUUACCUGUAUACAAUGUACAUGCUAUUAUGCACGGACUUCAUGAUUUAACAGGAAAUGACGAUAAAAGUCUAAAAGGUGAACGUUAGUUUGUUUUAAUUUCAGAAAGAUUAAUACAAUGAAACAGCUUACUUUGUACUGUGAUCUUUUGUUACACGGCUCUCCCUCUUUCUUUUUCCUGUAUUUCCUUUGGCUGUUUUUUGUUUUUUGUUUUUUGUUUUUUUCUGGAAUGCGCAGUAUUAUAACUAAGACAGAUGUCGACUCCAUGACUCAAACUAGCCCACUCAUAUUAUCACCUACUCCCCCUCCCCGACCUCAAACCCACUCACUCUUUCAUCUGUAUUUGAUUAAUACUAUACACUCUCAUAUAUGCGCGUCGAAAAGCAAUAAAACAUUGGCAUUAGAAGUCAGGCUUCCGCUCGCCGCCGUUAAUCUAUUUAGAGAAUCUUUCAUGAAAUCUAAUCAUUAAAGGCAGUACACAAACUGAAAUCAAAUUAUUUAGGAAAGAUAUUACAAGAUAUAACUUGUAUUUUUGGCCAAAUUUGUUUUGUAUUUAAAUAACUUUACACAAAAUAAUUAUAUUUUACGAUAGCUCGUACUGGGUGUAAAAUAUUUUUGUCCUUUUCUCACGGCUUCAAUAUGAGUGUCUCCUUCCAAAAGAAGUUUUUUCUGUAUGUGGGUGAAAGUCCGCGCAGUAGUAUGAAUCGCGCGUAAAUAAAUCAGAAAGAUUAUUUUUGAUGUUGUUGCAGCUGCUGCUGUUGUUGUUGUACAGAGAUGAAGCACGUUUACUAGGUUGCUCGAUUUAACUUAAGUCACGGUCCCUGAUUAUAAUUUUUGGUGUUUAGACCGUGAUUAAUGAGUUGUAAAUUUCCUCUGUGUUUUUUUUUUUUUGUCUUUUUUUUUCAGGAUCCUUUAACUCAUUCAUCUUUGUUCUUUCCUUAUUUAAAGCCUUUUGCGACGCCUCCAAUCGUACUUGCGACUCCUAGUCACCAGUUUCCUGAGAGACCUCAAGAUGCCAUGGCAGUGUGGGUGGAGGAGUUGACAGAAGGCAGUUUUAAAAUCUGUCUUAGAGAAGUUAAAAUUUUCGACGGACUUCACAAAGGCAUCACUAUUGUAAGCAGAGUUAAAAUACUUUUUUAAAGACCUGUAUCCAAGUGCAUCGACUUUUCUUAGCUACACAUAUACUGUAUUGUAUACAAAUUUACUAGAAUACUUGCAAAAAUAUAUAGUCGAACUAACCACACAUUUCUAGUUUCGAAAUAUCAUUCCUCGCAGUUAUUCCUUUAUUAGUGCCUAAACUACAUAAAAAAGGACAAACAUAUGUAUAAAAUACCUGUAACAGUUAUAAGAAAGUAAUUGAUUCUAUUAGAACCACCCUCAAGACAUUUGGUGAAAAAGCAAACAAACCAAAUUAAAAGAAACAAAAACUGUCAGUGCAAGCAAGUCUCUGUUACCAUGUGUACAUGAGUAAAGGUACUCAAAUUAAAUCUUACCAUAAGGUUUUAUAAAAUGAUAUACUUAGGUUAUCGGCUCCGUACUCGUUUUGUUAAAUUAUAAUCAGGUUCCUACUUGAGUAAAACUU